CGCCCUCCUGACGGGGCUGCUUGGCGUUGUCUUUGGUUAAUGUACGGUGUAGAUGGACAAGUUUGAACUGGAAUUAGGUGGCUCCUCUCCAGUGACUCUGUGAUGUGAGAUGAGUGUCACACCUAAUAGACAUAUUAUAGACUUUUUAAAUAAUCCAUAGUUUCCUGAAUAAGCUUCAGAGUGCCUUGGGCUGCAAAGAUGCUGGAAGAAGAUAUGGAGGUGGCCAUCAAGGUGGUGGUAGUGGGAAAUGGAGCUGUGGGAAAGUCCAGUAUGAUUCAGCGAUAUUGCAAGGGGAUUUUUACAAAAGACUACAAGAAAACUAUUGGUGUCGAUUUCCUGGAAAGACAAAUCCAAGUUAAUGAUGAAGAUGUCAGGCUGAUGUUAUGGGACACUGCGGGUCAAGAAGAAUUUGAUGCAAUAACUAAGGCCUACUAUAGAGGAGCCCAGGCUUGUGUUCUUGUGUUUUCUACAACUGACAGAGAGUCCUUCAAAGCAAUCCCUACCUGGAAGGAGAAAGUCAUGAAUGAAGUUGGAGACAUUCCCACAGUUCUUGUGCAGAAUAAGAUUGAUCUUCUUGAUGACUCUUGUAUAAAGAAUGAAGAGGCAGAAGCACUGGCAAAAAAGCUAAAAUUAAGGUUCUACCGAGCGUCUGUGAAGGAAGACCUCAACGUCACUGAAGUUUUUAAGUAUUUGGCUGAUAAAUAUCUUCAAAAGCUCAAGCAACAAACAGCUGAAGAUCCAGAACUAGUACAUACAAGCAGUAACAAGAUUGGUGUUUUCAAUACGGCUGGUGGAAGUCACUCCAACCAAAAUUCUAGCACUCUCAAUGGUGGAGAUGUCAUCAACCUUAGACCAAACAAACAGAGGACCAAGAGAAACAGAAGUCUUUUUAGCAACUGCAGCGUACUUUAGGCCACUUCUGGAGGGAAAAAAACCCAACCCAGUGAAUUGGAUGAAGUUGUGCAAUUGAAUACAGAAUAAAGCCAGCUGCAGAGGUAUUUUUACCAGUGCUUUAGCAAAUCUUGUGCCUAUGGGAUCCUUGAUAGAGGAUGGAUUUAUGUAAACUUGCUGAUGCAGUGUUUUCUGGUGUGUAGAGCGAGACACCUGGUGGCAAAAGACAGAACCGUGGCUGCCCUGUGCACUUUGUAAAAAUUAAGCAAACUUCUCCUUUUUCAAGGAAUUCCUUAACGAGCUAUGAACUAGGGAUUGCUGCAUCAGAGCACAUUUAACAUAAGGAUAAUACUUACAAGUAUAGGUACAGAACAAAACACUAUGGCCCAAGGUAAAGUAGCAACCUCGCACCUAAAUUUCAAAGAAAAUGUUAGAACUAGUUAGUCAGGAGACUAAGAAAAUAAAUGAAGAGCAAAAAGACAUUACAUUCUGUGCCUGACUGUAUUAAUAUAGAUUCUGACAGUUCUAUUGGUGCAAUAUACAUGUAUUAUAUGAGUGCUAAGGUAUAUAUGUAAACAUUUGACAUGAAUAUUUAGACUAAAUUCCAGUGUACACGUUACUUGGAGAUGAGCUAAUGGGCAUAAAACAGCAUCUUCCACACAAAAAAAUUUCCUUUAAAACCGUUGCAUUUCAGAUGAGGCUUUCCCAGCUGCCACUGUGUACAUUUAACUUGCUAUACUUCGGGCCUAAAAGCUUAGGUUUAAAAAUGUAUGGUGCCAAAAAUGCUCUUUUUUACCUAAUGCUGUGCUACAGGUGUUUUUGUAAGUUUGUUUUUCUCAGUCUGAACAGGUUGAACAAAUAACACCAUCUUUGACACUAACAGCUAUUCAGAAGGAACUUAUAAUAUAAUCAUAUUCCUGUUCAAAUUUGAUUGUUGUAUCCUGUGUCGUCUAUGAAAAAAAGAACUUGCAAAGUGGUGUCACAAAAUAUUUAUCUUCUUUGGAAAAAAUUUUCAUAGAUAGCAUAAACUAAGUUGUGGAGGAUCAAAAAAUAAAUGCAGCUGAUUGAUAACUGAACUACAUUAACGAGACCAGCUUGAAUGUAGUCUCAGAUUAAGAGCUGCUGGUUACAGAAAAUCUUAAUUCUGCAAGAUCAGAGACAUGGCAAAAAGCUUUCAAAGUGCUUAAGUAAUUUUACAGAAUCAAUUUAGAUGUUUAGGAGCCCAAAUCUAAAUUAAGGUUAUUUGGACUUAGGCUCCUAAAUCACUAAGGUGCUUUUAAAAAUGCUGAGCAAGAUAUCUUUUAAUUACCAAAAAUAAACACUUUUUAAUCCUCUUCAAAAGCAUGCAUGACUUUUAAAAAAUUUCCAUUUUGUUUACAUGUUUUUGUACGGUAUGAUAUAAUUUUAACUUUAUAAGAUUUCUACAACAAACCUGCCAGUGACAAAUGCAAAAAUAUGCUGCUUGAAACAAUUCAGAGUUUUAAUAGUUUUUUAAAUGGUGUGCGAGAAUGAAAAUGAGUCGAGUGGUCCUGUAUAUUUUUGGAGGAAGGAGUUUUCACUGUGUGAAUUCAUGGAGGAAGCUUGACUUUGUUUCAAAGUCAGUGCAUAUGGAAACUGAAAUGUACUCACUUCCCCGCUGCCUGCAGGGAGGGAGGUGCGUGGCGAGUUAUGCACAAACACUAAAGAUCUCUGAACUCUGUAUUUUAUGUUUACUGUAUUAGACGUUAUACCGAGUACGGUUGUUUCUUUGACGAGCUGUUAGAGCAUCUCCUGUUGCUGGCAAGAGGGCGGCCUUCAAGGCGCUCGGUCCCCUUUGUUAUUGCAGCAAAACUGUGUUCCUCACUGUAGUGUUUCUGCUGUUUUAUCUUAUUAAAGGCCUUUGGUUUUUAACAAGUGCAUUUAAUCACUGUAUGUAUGUGUAGAUGGAGUCAGGUCCUGUCUGUCUUAGCAAUUGUAGUAGUGAGGUACUUAGGAUAAGACUUAGGAUUGUACGUCAUGGGGCUGCCUUACAACCUCAGGCUGCAGGAUAGAGUGUAUGCAUGAGAAUUUUGACAACUGUUUUUAAUAGGGAAACUUCUGCAUUUCAUUGUCUGUCUGCCGGGUUCACAUUUUUAUUCAUUGUUCCUGAAAAACAAACCCACCAAGUGUCUGAAACGUCUUUUUUUUGCUUUGUUUGACUUUGUACAGAGUACUGAAAAUGAAGCCUUUAUUACGUGUAAUGACCAUUUGUACUAUUACAUGGGACACUGCAGGCAUUGUGCUGUUACAUAAGCCAUUUGUAUCGAAGGUCUGUCAUUUUAAACCACUGUUUUAAGGACUGAAAACUCUGGAAAUAUUUAUAGGUUGACAGACGUGCUAAAUUUAGGCUAUGUUGAAAUGUAGUACACGUACUUUAACAUUGGAAUAUGUAUUUGCAGCAUCAGGUAAGGGUGAGUUUUAAUUUCAUUCAUACCUUAAGUCUCAAGUGACUCACUCUUCGCUGUGACUUUGCAGUGCUUGUUUUGCAGUACGACUGAGAUGGAGACUGUCCAAAUUAUCCUUUUUCUGGAAGUGCUCUGCAUGUACGCUGCUUGAAAAUUGAAUUUUUAUCCCACUGGGGUCAGUGUUUAGAUGUAAACUAGGUGCCUUGCAUAUUGCAGGAAUAUGCAAGUUCAGUGGGAGUAACUCUUGCCUUUUGGAUGAGCAGACGUGCCUGGAUGUUCAGCACUUGCAUUGUCCUUUGUGAAUAAUUUUCAUUGCAGCCGUUGCCCCAUUCUCCACUCAAAAGUGUUCUUAUUAAAGUAUCAGAUGUUUUACUUACUAAAACCUAGAGGUGCAGAGCUGGUAAUAAAAACGCCUUUCGCUGUGCGUCUGUGUGACUGCAUGGUGGAAGAGGAUGUAGUGCUGUUACACCUGUGGCAGGCUGGAUUAGGAGCAAGAGAUGUUCCAACCACAAGACAGGAAGUUUUCUUCUGGGAGACUAAGCUAAUUGCACUCCUGUUUUAUCUGUUAUUAUCUCUUGAAUAACUCAUGGGACGUAUUAUCUGAAUCUUGCCAAAAUUCUUUGCUUUCAGCUGAUCGUGCUAGCGCUCGUACUAAACUUCAGUAAUUGUUGAUGCCUGGGUGAAAUCACGGAAUAGUUUGGGUUGGAAGGGACCUUAAAAGUCAUCUAGUUCCAACCCCCCUCCCAUGGACAGGGACAUCCCACGAGAUCAGAAAAAUAAAUACUUAUUAGAAAUAAACAUUCACUGAAGAGUAUGGCACUAAAGCAUCUGUCACUCCCGUGUUGUAUCCAGUCAGUGAAUGGGUGUUCUCCCAGUAAGGGAGCAUUGUUUGAUGCAAAGUGGUGAUGCUAGGGAUGUAUUUCCAUCUGGAAACAACAAGUCUCGAAGUUGUAAGACUGAUCACACAAAGACUUUUGUGCUUGCGUCUGUGUGGUUUAUUUUGAAAAAAAUAUUCCAUUUGAGACAAUGUUGGAGUUUUCUUAUUUUCAGUGUUUCUUAAGACAACACUUACCUUUUUGAGUCAAAAUACCUGAAUCGCCACACUGUCAGUCUGAUUUCCUCUUCAGUUUUUUAAUGCUUCAGUAAAAUUUGUCUUUUUUUUUCCUCCUUUCAAUUCUUGAGCUGCAGCAUAUUGACACGUAAUUUUCCUUUGCAUCACUUCUGUCGGUGUAUGUUAUACUAAAGGGGAUUGAGCAGCUGAACACGUCGUACUGGCUGCAGGUUGUGCAGGGGUACGUGCACAAUGCUCAGUGAACAUGCACUUUGAACCUGUUAAUUCAUCUAUUCAAGCUGACAGCUACCAGUUAAUAAUAGAAUUAAUUAUUUGCACUGCAGAACCCUCUUGUGGGAAUUCAAUGCUACAGCAAACUAACAAACUUGCUGCUUGGAUUCUAGUGGUGGUACCUAAGCCCCACGGCUUUUCUAGAUGUAAUCGUAGACCUCCAGCUGACACUGCAGUUCCUGAACACUAAUUGUACGUAAGCCAGAGAGCCAGCGUGGUCCAACAAGCUUUAUUUCAUCAAAGCUACUUUACUACCUUUUUGUAGGGAGCAACAGUUGUGUGUAUCUUUUUUUGAAUGCUCAAAUAAUACUGACAGAAUACUUCUCUCUGCUAAAUAUGGCAUCCUAAUAGGGAAUUAAAAUUACAGAAGAAAAAUGCAGCAAUCUUUAGAUUUAAAAUGAAAGGUGCUGUAAUAGAUUUAAGAGAAACUUUCAAACAGUUCCGUAUCAGAGUGUUUUACACCCGUCAUCACAAACCCAGGUGAGUCCUAGUACUGAACUGGGCUCAUUCUCAGGUUUCCAGUAGUAGGGUAAUACUGAUAAAUAAUGUAUGUGAUGAGUGUUUUUUCUUCUGUUGCCAAGAUAAGUUUGGUUCAGCAGAACCAACUAAAUUUGGUCAAAAAAAAGUAAGAAUCGGGACCAAGAGAGAUCCCGCUCUCAUUGCAAAGGUGAAGAUGCAUUGUUACUAAUAAAUGACUUACUCUUAUUUGCAAGUUCAUGUGACUGAGUGGUUAAAACAGAUAAUGUACACAACUCUGUUGUGAUCUCAAGUAAAUGUAAUAUAUUUUUAGAAAAAAAGCC